UUACAGGCAGUAAUUUGAGGGCAAUCAUUUGAAAUAAAUUGAUUAUAAUGUUACAUGUAAAAACUUUUAAAGGCAGGAUAUUAUUAAAUCAAGUGCUCAACUUUCAAGGACAGGUAAUUGAUGCUAAUUUCGUAAAUAAACCGAAUAUAUUACGAAAUUUUUCAAUCCUUUUCAAAAAAACUGAAACUGUUUUACCAAGAAAUAAGAAAGAGAAAUGGACGAAAUAUGCAUUAAGUGAAGCAGGAUAUCGAUUCUCAAGUGCAGAUGCAACAACCAAAACCAUAAUUAAUUUGACAAAUAUUCCGGAUGCACCCGUACCUCCUCCCGCACCUAUUGUGCCUGAUAUUACGAGCAGUUUAGCAGAGCCAACUUUGCAAUCUAUAGGUCUUGGAGGAUGGACUCCAGUUGGCAUGGUACAACAGGGAUUGGAUUUUUUACAUAUAAGUUUUGAUUUACCUUGGUGGGGUGCUAUUGCCCUAGGUACGUUAAUGGUUCGAACAGCCUUGUUUCCUUUAGUUAUAUUAGCACAAAGAAAUGCAGCAAAAAUGAAUAAUAAUUUGCCUCAAAUGCAAUUGUUACAACUUAAAAUGACAGAAGCGAGGCAAUCAGGAAAUGCAAUUGAAUCAGCAAGAUACGCUCAAGAAAUGAUGCAUUUUAUGAAAGAGAAAGAUUUAAAUCCUUUUAAAAAUAUGCUUGUACCUUUAGUACAAGCUCCAAUAUUCAUUUCAUUUUUUAUGGGAUUGCGGAAAAUGGCAAAUGCACCAGUCGAAUCGAUGAGGGAAGGGGGCAUAUUUUGGUUUACAGAUUUGACAAUGUCAGAUCCUUAUUUUUUAUUACCAGUUAUUACCUGUGCAACACUAUAUUUAACAAUUGAAAUUGGCACUGAUACGGCACGUCUUUCAGCUUCAAAUAUGCAGACCAUGAAAUAUAUACUUAGAGCAUUACCUAUAGUUAUAUUUCCAUUUACUAUGAAUUUCCCCGCUGCAAUUUUAUGCUAUUGGGCUUCAAGUAACUUUAUAUCUCUUUGUCAAGUGGCAGUUUUAAGAGUCCCAGCAGUUAGAGAACAUUUCAAAAUAGAAAAACUUAUUACUCAUACUGCUGAUGCACUUCCAAAAAAGAAUAAAGGUUUCGUAGCUGGAAUGAAAGAAUCAUGGAGCAAUAUGAAAAUUAGUAAAGAAUUAGAAGAACGUCAAAGAUUAGAUGAAAUUAAAUUUGCUAAAGCUGGAAAGGGGCCUUUAAUUAAAACAUAUAAAUAUGAUCCAACAAAACCACGACCGGCAACAGCACCAAUAUCCACUAAAAAAAACAUUUAAGUCAUCUGUUAUUUAAGGCUGUAUAUUGAUCAAUUCAAUUUUUUUUUUUUUAAAUUUAAUUGUUAUUGUUUUUACGAGCAUCUGCAUUAAUAUAAUAAAAAAUAAAAUUCUUAUUAAUAAACGAUGUAAAAGAAGAUUUUGUGCUACAUGAUUUUCUGUAAUCGUGAAUCAAAAAUUAAAUUAUUGGAGACAACUAAAUUAUUUUCGACGAAAGUUUUCAGGAAUGUAAUUUGCGCUUACCUUUUCAAAUUAGAGUACAUAUAAGUAACUAUAAAACUGAAACUUGCAAAUUGCGAAACACAUAGUAGUCUUUAAAUAUAUACGAGUACAUACAUAAUAUUAUGUAGAUUGCGAAAAUUUCUACAUUUGGGAACAUAUAUUUUUCUUUGGAACAAAUAUAUGCACAUACUUACAUAUUUUUUUAUAAAAAACG